UACAAAGUCGCAGAACUUUGUCAGCAAUUGUCUGAUGUAAGAAUCUGGCAUGAUGUCACGGAGAAAAGCCAAAAAGAAAAAGGCAAACUGCAACCACUGUGAAUAGUAUACACAAGAGAUAGUAUCAUCAAUACCCUAUGCCUCUCUGCUAUUAGAUUUUCUUUCCCCCGGUCACACUUUUGCAUACAAUUUAAAUCCUGAAGUAAGGACACCUUUACUAAUAUGGACCUUUCCUUCUGUCUCAUUGGUGUCUGGAUGAGAGAGAUUCGACUGUAUAUACUUUAUCUUAUGUACGUGUUUAUAUACCAAAUUGAUGUAGGUAAGGAACUUCCAUCUUCCGCCAAACACUCCUAUUCCAGGCAGUCCUUUCCCUCCUGUCUUUUUAGCGUUAGUUCCAUCGUAUACGUGAACAUAUACGUAGAACCCCAACCCUGCUAGGUGGACCAGUAAUGCCACUGCACUUUCCAGGGCGCCCCGUUGCAUGAUGCGACUUAUCCGGUGCUCCUGUGGCUCAACAGGACGUCCCGAAUUCCCGCUCUUACUGCCCCAGUUACCGUCAUCGUCAACUCCCCAGUAGUCUUUAGCGGGUUCCUUCGGCGGUUCUGCCGGCCUUCUUGAGCCCUUCAGAACGAGCGGGUCGUCCGCGUAGCUUUCUUCAUCCUCAUCCUCCGCUAUUUCGGAUAUCUCCACCUCUCUCUCGACCGCGGGAACCUCCUCCCCGCCGCGCACCGGGCGCCUCCGCAGUUCCUUUUCUCUGCGACUGGCCAUGCUGGGCUUCUUUCCACGAGACGACGAAGAGGUCAAGGUCAAUGACGGUAAAUAGUGCGCAUGCGCAAAUCAACGACUGCUCGUGCAAAACGCUCCCAACAACACACCUCCACCCAACUUGCAACUCCCAACUACACUGAAAAGAUGUCGUCUUCUGCUCGCCGCAGAAAGAAUAAGGAAACUCGCUCCAGUAAAUACGACAGAAGAGAUGAAUCGACGACGCUGCACGCCGAUCAAACAACACCGACCCCUGAACGGGAGUCGACUGCCUCCUCCUUCAGCCUCGCGUCUUUCUUCUUCCACCUCUUCAUGCUGAUAUUCUACACGCUCGUCCACGUGUGGGGCUCGCUAGCUCUGAUGGAGGCCGGCAGAGACAAGAAACUGGGCUACAAGUUUAGCCCUCUCCGGACACUCACGUUUGCAACGAUACAGAACCUCUACAUUCAGACAGGCUACUCUGCACUGGCUGUGGUGUGCGAUGUGGUGCCAGCAUCCAACUUGAGAAAAAACGUGGAAAACCUGCGGAAUUUUAUCUUCACAAUUUUAGCCUUCCCAUUUGCAAUGAUAGUGACAUUUGGGUACUGGGGGAUUCUGACAAUGAACACUGGCUAUCUCUAUGACAAUAAGGCACUAGCUGUGAUGGCAUAUGUCCCUCCAAUGCUCAACCACUGUUGGCUAGAAUGUUUUUGCACAAAGAAACUGUACUACUACUCUUGCAGGGUAUUUGUGAUGUACUACAUGGCUGACAUGGUACCGUAUCCCUUCAUGAGGAAGCUUGGUACCGUCGGCCUUGCUGCCUUCUUUGCCGCGGCUCUGCCUGCCUAUCUUUGUUUCUACUACCUGGGCCGAGGCAAGGCGACGGCGGCCCGCGGGCGGCUUACCAAGUCGGAGUUCGUGAGCAUCGGCUCGCCCGAGGAGACGGUGUUGGAGACGUACUUCGUCAUUCUAUCCAAGAUGAACUUCGAGAAAGCCCGGGAGCAAUGCGGGUGUGUGAGCCUCAAGAGCGUGAGACGGGCCGUAAAGAGUGAGUCAGGGGGUGGGGCAAACUGGUGUGAGCUGAUAUCGGCGUUGAGUCGACUGGCGGUAGCAGAGAGCGGCUAUUUCAGCCUAUCGUACAUGGAGAAAUCGUGGAGCGACUCUUGGAGAAGAAAGAGAGAGCCUCCAAAGGCAGCAUAUGAAGCAAUUCUCCAGGAUCUAACCAGAGUGUACGAAGUCUACAUCUCCCUGAAAGGUGGUACCGACAUCAGCUGGGAGAGGAAAAUGGCCGACCUCGUCCUCAGUACACGAGACUACCUGCAGGCACGGAAAGACAUGAUGGAUUUUUUCAGUUAUCUCCGGUUUGACCAAGUUGGAGAAGGGUUUCAUCUCGACUUCAAGGGACUCGGGAGAUUUCUGAAAGAGAUUUAUGACCGCUACAAAGACAGCUGCCAGCACACUUUUCUUCGCCCGAUCAAGACUGUUCUAUUUCGAGAGGUGACGACACUGCAGGAUCUAAUUAAAGCCCAGCAGCACAUGGCAGAGUGGCAGUUUCUGCCGACCAUUGUGUCUCUCCAGUCGGCUCACAGCAAACUGGUCAACUGGAACUUCAUCGUCCCCCUCGGAAACCAUUUCACACUCUAUUUCCACGGGACAUUGAGCGAACACUCCAUUGUGUACAACAUGAAACACUUGUCGGCCAAGAUUGACCGCGACUACAUCGGUAGCAUGCUGGCCCUCUUCCGCCACAUCCCCUCGGUCGCAAUCUCUCUCGUAUUCGAUUCCAACGGUCUCCCGGAGUUCAGAGGACCCAAGUAUUCAUUCCCCGGUUCCCCCGCCCCGGUUCUGACUGGACUCAACUCCUAUCCCUUCAUGAUUACCAUUCCUCAGGGAUUUGACGUCUACCACCAUCGAGCUAACAUUGUCAGCAUCAUAAUGAGCAAGAGCCCCGCACUCUCCACUUCGCCAAAUGUUGUAGCCCAACACGAUGAGAAGUUGUCAUGCACGUAUUUCCUGGCGCAAAUUGAGGCGCGGAUCACAUUGGUAGCCAUCUGUUCAUCGCGAGGGAAAGACAGAGAUAGCAAAACCAUCUCCAUCAUUAGUGACUUCGCCAACGAACUGAGACCUACAUGUUGUGCUGAAGAGGAAGAGGGGGGAAUAAAGCUACUGAAAACAGCAACGUGGGGCGAACACGUGGGUAUAGUCGAAGUCUGCUUUGACGGAACAUGGAAGAGAGUGUGCGACAAUGGGGCGGGGUGGACUCGGAGUGACUCCGUGGUAACGUGCCGACAACUGGGGUACUCCUACCCCGACGGAGCCGAGAGUCUGGGGUCACACAGUCAGGGCUGGGACACGCCCUCCAACUCCACCAUUCCGAGUUGCCAUGGGAACGAGGCAACACUGAGUAGCUGUCCUACAAGCCCGGCCCCCAUCAACUGUGCCUGGCACGGCGCCUUGGUCAACUGUAGCAGAUCAGUCAACCAGCACGCAAUCCUACCCCCACCGCAACUCUUUCAACUUCAGCCUCCCUCCGUCCCCCCAAACAAAACCAGUCUACUGCCAGCUCCAACACCAAGGCCCCCCCCAACAAAACGUACUGCACUAGAGUCAGGCACAGUAAAAGUGACUCAAACUAACCGUCUCACUACAUCGGACACGGGGACACCGGAGGCAACAGAAGAAUCGAUCUACUCGCUCAAUUCGGUGACCGUCAGGAUAAUUGGAGGGGUCACCGUUGGAUUAGUGUCACUGGGACUCGUUUCCUGCCUCGUCAUCAUAGUCUGCAUUGCCUGUAGGAAGUCUCGAAGAGGGAGAAAGUUCGAGAUGGAUCGAAACGUGGCCUACUUGGAGCAGAAAAAGAUUGCGAAACAAGUACAACGGAGCGAAUCGGGCUCAAUUCAGGAACCUAUUUACGAACACAUUGAAUAG